AUGCGCGCGCACUUUGAGGAAGAGAAGUAGCGUUUGAAACAGACAACAAUGUAAACAACAAAUAUUAAUUCACGCGGAGGUUUUCACUUGAGUUGACUUCUAAUCAAAGGCGAUGGCAGAAGAGCGGUGCGUCAAAAUGCUUGCAUUUAAAGGAGAAGUGCUUGCUUUCCAGUGCAAGAGUUUCAGCUCAAAACCCAGAGAUCGUGGAAAAGGCUCGGAGGUUUCAUUCUACAAUCUGUGCUUCACCCGAGACUCACACAGCUUCUCUGUUAGCAAUCGUAACUCAUCUCUGAUCCACAAGGACAGCUCUGCAGAAACACGCAUCGUUUACUGUUGCUCCGCUCUGGAUGUUCAGCAGAGACAAAAAGUGCCUUGUGUUUUACUGAGAGUGUGCAAGAAGAGGACGUCUGCUUUUAAAUACAUGCUUUACUCUAUAUGCACAUCCACAGAUGUGAAGCUUCACGCUGAGUUCGUGUUGCCGUACGAGAUGAGAGAUAAUAUUUCAAUAUUGCUCGGCCCCACGUUGAUUUGGAGUCAGGAAAACUCAGUUUUUUAUGCAUCCUCGCAAACCAGCGGAGUUAAAGAAGUGCCAGUCCAAAUGAAGGUCAAUUUUAUUGGUGAACUUCCUCUUCGCCAGAGAAAACUAGUGAUUCAAGGAGCACAGAAUGUGACGAGUGAUCAACCUAAAGUGGAAAACAUACUGUAUUUCAUUGAAGAUGGACGAAGCUUGAAUUCUGCAUGUCUUGUGCCUGAUGCCUACAGCUGUGUGAUCCAGUGCAUGCUGGUUCUGUCGGCUGAAGAAGUCGACGGCGGAUUGAGAUCGGCUGUUCUGGCGGCCACCAGCAUGAAACAGCUGGUUCGUUUUGAGAACGGACUUCCUCUGGAUGUUUGUGUCCUUCCUUACGAGCAACCGCUGAGUAUUCAGAUGAUCCACACGCUGAGAAACGACGCUCUCGUCGUCGUAACCUUCAUCGAGGGAAACGUCUGCGCUGUGUGGAAAGACACAUUCCAGAUGGCGGGGUGUUGGACAGGAGUGCGUCUGCUGCUCGUCGAUGACUUUAUGGGAUGCGGGAUGGAUCAGAUGCUCUUAGUGUUUGAGAGUUCAUCAGCAGAACUGCUUAGCAGCUUUCUACUCACUGAUCUGUGUUCCGUCACUUACUCUUGUGGCCAAUCAGAUGGUGAGGAGCUGAACACAUCAGACACAGCGCAGGAUAAUCACCUUCUUAUGGUUCAAGCUUUAGAGUCCAGACUGCAGAGUGGCCUGAGCUUCCUUGAAGACCUUCAGAGAGACGUGGAGGUCAAAGACAGACUUCUACAGCAGUCAUUAGUGGCUUUAACUGAUCUGGUGUCGGGCAGAGAACAUGCAAUCUCCUCCCCAGAGAAGGAAGGGCUUGUUUCUCUGUGGGAUGAAGAUGACGAUGAUGAUGGUGCUGGAGAUGAAGAUGAUGAUGGGAUGCAGACUGAUUGUGCUGAAGCUCCUCUAAAGAUGCACAGAGUUUGGCAAAGAGUCAUCGGACAGAGUUUAAUCGUUGGUGUUGUUCUGACAUCAACAAAUAACACGUCUGUAAUGAAUAUUAGUGCAUCGAUUGUGUUGGAUUCUCAUCAAAUUGGCUCGGCUCCUGUUCUGAACACUAAGACUGUGAUCCUGCCCUAUCCUGUUGCUCACGGCCCGUCGCCGGUGAAGAUCAGACGCUUUGAUUGUUCUGCUGACAGCAGCGGAUCAAGACUCGCCCUGGUCGCUGUGACUGACGCGGCUCCUUUAUUAACCUCGGGCUGCGUCAGAUGUCCCAUCAUGCUUCAUUACAGCUCCAAAGAAUCAUCCGGAUCUGCUGGGGAAGAAUCUGCUCGCGUUUCUCAACACUGCGGACAGAUCUCGCUGGAUCUUAAAGAUAUUUCCAUGGGAAAGUUGGAUCCACGACUGUUACAGGAGCCCAGACUCAACACAGAUGAGGCCAGAGAGGAUCUCCUCAGCCUGAUGGCGCUGCUGGACGUGUGGUUUUUCCAGCUGGAGUGUCAGGGUCACACUCUGGUGCAUGUGCAGGGCUGGUUGCAGGAGUCGCUGUGCUUCAAGAGGCUGGAGAUUGACCCACGCUUCACUGUAGACCCCUCGAGCCUCAGGCUCUUUCGCUGGGAGCAGAACUCACCGUUUCAGGGCGUCUUGAGCGUCUACUGCAGAGAUGAGCUGAGUUUGCUGCACUUCCUGCACGCUCUGUGUGACUUCCUGCCCGUGUCACAUGACGUGCAGCCGUUGGGGAGGCCGAGGCUCUGCGCUGGAUCUCUGGCUCAGACUCUGCAGACGGAGAUCCAGACCGUGACGCAGGAGGCGUCUUCAGCACUGCGCUCUGAUGAGGGAGCGAGGAGAGGAGAGGCGGAGUCACAGACGCUCCACACACUCAGGGAGGAGUGGCUUAAAGAGCGGGGGCGGUGCACUGAGAGGCUCCGCCCCCUGGUGGCUGAGACACGAUACAGCAGACUGAUUGAGCGCAUGAUUCACGCACAGCUGGAUGCUGAUGAAGCCGCUCUGAUGGAAGCUCCUUGUCUGUAGCUGAUCUUCAGCGGCUGUCGAUCUGAAUCUGUGCUGAAUGAUGAACGUCUCUCGUGAGCUUCUGCUGGAGACUGAGUCUGGUUUGGUCCUGAAGUUCUCCAGGGCAUGUCCACAGGAAACACUUCAUCUGCCCUCAGAGCAGAGAAACACAGAUCCUCCAUCACCACCUGCGUCUCACUUCAGCAAUCAUUGCUGCAUUUACUGUUAAAAACAAACGCUUGGGUGCAAAAAGCCUCAAAGACUAGUAUUCUUUUUUAAUAUAAAUGAGGUUCUUUAUGCUGUAUUUCAGUCUUUCUUCUACAUUAUUUGCUGUUGUUACUUGUGGAAUUUAAUAGCAAUUUAAGCAAUUUUAUAUAUAAAUCCUAUACUGUGUGUGUGUGUG